ACUCGGAGUAAAUAAGUAUACAGAUACUGUUAGUUUAUUCAGCAAAUUUUCGUAGAAUAAUGCAACAAUACUUAAAUUUUCAGUACAAUAUAUUUAAAAUUGAGCGAAUGGCAGUGAAUCUCCUGAUUCGCCUCGAAAAAGUGGUUUUGCGGUAUAAAUGAAAAAAAAAAUAAAAAUCCAAAUGUAUUUGUUAAAGGGUGUAUGUAACUCGAGUUAUUCCUGGCAGGAGGUUGCUCAAAUACCCAUACCUACGCCAAUUUUGCUCCGAACGAUUUGAAAUACACAUUAUUCUGGAGAUAUCAUGCAUUCUUUUAAAAAAGUAAAAAAUAUGAAGUGUAAAUAGCUUACCUCCCUCCAUAAUGAUAAAAUAGUGAGUAUAAAAACUCUCUGUUAUUGUCCGAAAUGAAAAACAUGUUCUUUACCUAAAAGCUCACUACGAAUUUGUAUGAAAUAUAAUUGUACGUAACAUUGCCGAAAUAUUGAGCAACAGGAAAGUAAACACUUGAAAAUGCUCUCUUGCAAAUACCUAUGUAUGUCUUUAUAUAUGUAUAUAUAUACAUAUAUAUAGAUGUAUUCUCCUAAUUGGAAACUGGCAAGGGUGGUUUCAGUCAUUGAGUGAAUGUUGUUAUAUUAUAAAGGCCGAAUAAGGCAUAACUCCUAGCUUUGCCUGUAUGUACAUCUGGUAUGUAUGUAUAUCAAAUUGCAGCUCUUUGUUACAUGUAUGAGUUGGCUGGCGCUAUGCAAUAUGUCGCUCUCUGGUGAGUUUUGAGCUCCAAUUCCAACAAAAGAAAUGAUUACUGCUGUGAAAGCGUUCUACAAAUACACAAUUUGCAAUCAAGCAACGAUAUUAACAAUGUUGACUACUCCCUGGAAGGUAAAUUGUCUGUAUGUACCUAUACAUAUAUAUGCGAGCAUAUAAUACUGUGUUGUUGAGUUUAUUUCGGCAUGUGGUGUUCAUGGCCCAUUGACAACGUUUCUGUACAUUCGCAAAUGAAUUCACAUAUGUUCAUACAUAUCUAACCGCUCUACAAAUUCGAAGUAAACGAAAAUUCGUCAGUCACAUUUUCGAGUUCUAACCACCCAGAUCGCUACAGUGAAACGCAAACGGCCGCACAUAUGCGGUUGCUUUACAACAGAACUCUGAAAAUUGUUAAAAGUCAUUUGUCUAUUGCAUACAUACACACAUAGCUGCAACUUAAAGCGCGUUUAUAAAAAUGAAUACAGUUGAGGUGGAGCGAGAUAAUUAAUAUUUUUAGGACAAAUUGCAAAAGUUAACAUAAAUAAAUAUCCACAUAUGUAUAUACCGGCAAAUGACAUACAUAUUUGUACUCGAGAGCUUAACACGAAGUACAAAAGUGACAAGUUAGAACAAAAAUAUUCAGAGCUAUUUACAUCCAUACGUAGAAACACAAACACUCAGUUAUCCGGUUACCCAACUUGCAGCAUUCUAUUUAAACUUUAUAAGUGGCAUAGUGUAUAAUUACCGCUUUACCGCUUUAAAGCUUAAUAUACGUACAUAUAUUAAAAUGAUCUGUUCGCACGUGAAUACGUAUCUGCCAUUGAAAAUCUAUUGCCACUGGGCCGACCAUUAACCCGCCAGCACAUACGAAUCGGUCAAGCACAUACACGCAUAUUAUAGAAGUGACGUAUGUACAUGUGUGUAAACAUAAUUUUGCACAAGCACAUACCGAAAAUGAGGUGAUUCGUCUGCGUAGUGACGCUCAACAAUCUGCCCGUGGCGUGGUUGUUGAAUCACUUUUUAUACGUGAGAUUCUUUACAAGCACGGAGCGCUCCACACAGAGAGCGUAAAACUACCGCUCAAAUAACAUUCAACACUAAAUUUUAAAGAGUGCCGGAUUUUGAGAAUAUUUGAUUGCAUAUAAAACAUAAACGAACUUUCUUUGGCUCUUGAAGAAAGCGUGACAGCAACUGAUAGGCGGAUGUUAAUAAAAUAUCACGAAAAUGGGUUACGAUGAUGUACUUGUGCACUUGGGAGAUUUUGGUAAAUACCAACGACUUAUAUUCUUCCUGCUCGGUCUUACCGCAGUCUCUUGCGCCUUUCACAAAAUGUCACGUGCAUUUAUCUUUGCCAAACCGAACUUCCGUUGCCUCCUUCCGUUUGAGAAUGAGAUGAAUGAUGGUGGUGGAAAUAACAGCAAUUAUAAACAUUAUAAUGCAACCGACUUUGAAAUACCGGCGCCACUGUGGCGCUUAUCGUUCCCCGCGGAAACAGCAGACCAGAAAAUAGGGCGUUAUGAGGCUUGCAGCCGUUUUGAUAUUGAUAAUAGACUCUAUCAAAGGUUUAAUUCAAGCAAUCAGGAAUUUAAUAUAAGUUUCCUAUCAUUGGUGCAAAAUAUUUCUGCAAUUAAUGGCACCGUUCCAUGCAGCAGCUACGUUUACGACCGUUCGGUAAUAACCAACAGCGCCGUCACUGAAUGGGAUAUGGUUUGCGAUCGGAAUUUUUUGGUCGCCACCAGUGACGCGAUAUUCAUGCUGGGAGUGUUGGUUGGCAGUAUUGGUUUUGGACAACUGUCGGACAAAUGUGGGCGCAAACCAGUCUUCUUUAUAUCACUGCUGAUUCAGGUGUCAUUUGGCAUAUUAGCUGGCAUUGCACCGGACUAUCUGACUUAUACAAUUGCACGCUUCAUAAUCGGUACCACAACGUCUGGAGUGUUUCUUGUUGCCUAUGUAAUUGCCAUGGAGAUGGUGGGGCCGAAAAAACGUUUAUAUGCCGGUAUGUUUCUUAUGAUGUUCUUCUCCGUGGGUUUUAUGUUAACUGCUGCCUUCGCGUACUUCAUUCACCAAUGGCGUACACUGCAAAUAGCCAUCUCACUUCCAGGGCUCUUGUUUCUCGGUUACUACUGGAUUAUACCAGAGUCGACGCGUUGGUUGUUAUCGAAUAACCGAAAAGAAGCUGCAAUUGCUAACAUACAAAAAGCUGCUCGCUUUAACAAAGUGCACUUAGAUUUUGAUACAACUGAUCGUUUAUUAAAUGAUAAUGGCAAUAUGGAAGAAACGAAAUCCAAAAUUCUGGAAAACGACAUUGCGACGACCCCUGUUAAAUCCGUGUCCGUGUUUGAUUUAUUGCGCUAUCCAAAUUUGCGCCGAAAAACACUAUUAAUUUUUUUUGAUUGGUUUGUAAAUAGUGGCACUUACUAUGGACUUUCCUGGAACACAAAUGCAUUGGGUGACAACAUACUCUUGAAUUUUGUUAUAUCCGGCGCUGUUGAAAUUCCAGCAUUCACUUUCCUACUUUUCACCCUCAAUCGGUGGGGACGACGCACCAUACUCUGCGGCUGUAUGCUGGUCGCCGGUUUUGCAUUGCUGCUGACCAUCGCAGUACCCAAAGAGGAGAACUGGCUGAUCAUUGUGCUGGCAAUGAUAGGAAAACUUGCUAUCACCGCUUCUUAUGGCACUGUUUACAUAUUCUCAGCAGAGCAAUUUCCUACAGUGGUGAGAAAUGUUGGACUAGGUGCGUCUUCGAUGGUGGCACGUAUUGGUGGCAUACUAGCCCCCUUCAUCAAUAUGUUAAGCAAUGUAUGGCGACCGCUGCCACUUAUUAUCUUUGGAAGUGCUGCAUUUAUGGGUGGGCUUCUGUCGCUGCUGCUACCUGAAACUCUCAACAAACCAACACUUGAAACGAUAGAUGAUGGAGAGAAUUUUGGUAAGGGAGAGAAUAGUGCGAGUAAAGAUAAAGAAAUGCAUGUUCAAGAUACAAUAGAAAAUGAAAAUAUACCUUUAAAUGGAAAUCGUGACCAAUCUAUAAAUGAACAAUUCAAAAACGAGAUUUGCGUAAAAUAUUAACGUUUUUAAUUUGCUUUAAAAUAAGUAGACGACUGGUGUGAAAUUAAAUUAUUUGAAUGCACAUACUUAUUUACAAAUGUACAUAUGUAAUUUUGUAAACUUUGUUUGUCUAAAUUAUAAAUUUUGUGAUAUACUAUAUAAAUAUAUAUGUAUGCAUACAUAUAGUACACGUCGAUGUGAAGAAAUAUCUAUACACAAUUGAUCUUCUUAAGUCGUUUAUUUAAUACCCAUAUAAAGAAACGAACGUCGAAUUGAAUUAAACACUUUUCCCAUGUCAAACAUGCACAGCUGACUUGAUUAUUUAUUAGUAAAGCUUUUUUUGUUUGCUGUAGCGUCUGAAACCGAAGCAAAAGAAAUAGAUUAUAUAUUAAAUUGUCGACAUAUGUAUGUUUGUAGGUGCCUAUAGCUACAUUUUAUUAAAAAUUAAUGCUUUAAGGUAUAAGUAUUUACACAUGUGGCAAAAUAAUUAAGUCGAUCGAUUUUUUUCUAAAUAAAAGUUUAUUCAGAAGCUGAAAAAAACAAAUUGCGUUUUUAAGGAUUUCGGGGCUUGCAUUUGUGGGGAAUUCUCAGACUCGGAUUUUCUACAAUCGGAGAGAAAGUGAAAAUCAUGUGUCGACUAAGUGUCCAAAAAUAUUCUUACUCGAACCAAUUAGAUCUAGUACAUGAGUCGCGCCCUCCCUGCUUCAGGACUUGGAGCAGUUCAGAAUUUCAAAGAAAUGAUUCAUUUUUAUGGACGAGACGAAGAAUAAAAUGCUGGCAGAACACAGUAUGUGUUGUCACGGUAAAAAAUGCAAUACAGUAGUCAAUACAAUAAAAAACUGACAUCGCACUAAAUAUCUUCUAAAACAGGAAAGCACUUAAUUUUUUAAACUUAAUUGCGAAUCACUACUUGAGACUCCAAUUUCAUUAAAAUGUGUACCUAAGCUCUUCACACUUCGUGUCUUUCAUUAAAAUAUGCUCGAAAUAACUAUUUACACAACAUUAAGAGUGUUAGUCAGACUAUUACGAGUACUAACUGCCCUUUUCACAUUUAUCAAAAAGUAUUAAAAUUAUUCAGCCGGAAAUUUGUUUAAGUAAGUACCGUAUUCCGUGCGUAGGAAGACAAAAUAUUUUCAAGAUUAGUACAUACAUAUAUAAAUUCAUAAAUUUGUAAAUGCAAGUACAAGUAUAUUAGGGUGCUGCUUACUUUUCAUCUUUCGAAAAGUAGUCAACUCACCAUUCGCUUCAAUGAAUCAGCUAAAAUCAGAAACAUUAUUUCUUUGUAUUUGUUUAGACAGAGUUAUAGUGAAAAUUUGUGAAACACUUGAUUUAGUUAUAAGUAAGCUCUGGCAGCUAGUGCUCGUUCUCCUACUAAUUUUAGUAUUAUAUGGAAAUUGUAUUAAUAAAACCGUUAUACAAAUGUGAAGCAUGAAACAUCAAAAUGAAAUAGUUUUUAGGGGUCGCCCCUCGGCAGGAAAUGACAAGCCUCCGAAUGUAUUUCUGCCAUGAAAAAAGCUUAAAACUGUAGGUCCCUCCAUUUGUGGAACAACAUCAAGACGCAGCACCUAAAUAGGAGGAGGAGCUCGGUCAAACACUCAAAAAGGGUGUAAGCACCAAUUUCAUACAUAUACCUAUGCAUAUAAAUGAUGGUAAUAAAUAAUGUCACUGAACAUCUUCUAAUGCGGCCCCACACGCAUUGGUACUCCCUGCUGGCUCUGUUCUGUCGCACAUGUAUGACAUGUGACAAAAAAUAAAAAAAAGUUGUAUCAAGUAAGAAUCACCCUAAAGUUAUAAAUUCAUACGUAAAAAUUUACUUAUGUAUUACAUAUCGGUGGUACUGCGUGUACACAUUUGGAUUAUUUGUAUUAUAACAAAACCUUUUAGGAGCUACAUUAAGCGUGUUGUUAGUAGAUGUAUUUAUUUUUGCUAAAUUUGCAAAUUAUUGGAAAUGCGAGAUAUGUUAACAACAUUUUUUCUUUGCUUGUCUAUUACGAACGGUACCGAUAUUGGCGAUACGGCACCGAACACGCCACAUAGCCAAUGGAGCAAUCAAUUUAUUUCAAACGGUAUUCUGCAGCAAUUUGCGCCCCAAGAUCGGCCGAUUCAAUGUCUUUGGGCUAUUUUUGGUCGAGCCAUCUCAAAGUUAGAGUUCAGCUGAACCCCCAUUGCGCCUAAAUACCCUCGAAAAUUUCACCAGAAGAAUCAGUACACGUAAACCUGGGGACAUUUGGAAAAUACAAUUUAUAAUUCAUAAAUUGUAGACUGUCUACUACAUACAUACAUAACAGGAUUAUGAAUUCCCAUUGAAAAUAUGUGUGCAAUUACUCUGAAUAAAAAAAAAAUUGAGCUGGAAAGACCAGGUACAUACUUCCGCACAUACAUGCAUAUGCUUACAUAUAGCCAUGACUUUGACCUAUUAAUAGUACCGUUAUUUUUAUUUAAGCUCAUUUAAUUCAUACGCUUCCGUGGCUGGCAGAUGAUUACAGCCUCUGUUCUUUUAUAGCAUAAAAAUUAUUUAUGACAUAAAAUAUUUUUCCGUAAAAUAAAUAAGUACAGUCUGUGUCAGAAGAAAAGAUCCGGUUUUUUUCUUGUAACUUCAAGAUAUAUUUCGUCAAACCACUGCUCGCAGAAAAACAAAUUG